CCUGCCUUCUUCUCGUUCUCCUCUGCUUCCCUCUCCCGCUCUCAUCUCUCUCUCUCGUUUUUAUCAGGAAGAUGACCAUGGUGCCCAAGCCCUGCCCCGUCCACCUCGCCCUGCUAGAUCCCAACCGGCCGGAACUCCCCUGCGCCUCAAGACCGACCCUGCGUCGCCCCUGCACCGGUGUCGUCUGCAUCUCGCGGCGUCGCGCCAGCCGUCUCCCUGGUGGCUAACCGCCUCGACCUCCUCUGCAAGGACAAGUCGGGCUCCUCCUCUCCUUCUUCCCCGAGGAGCUCCCGCGAGACGCCAGGAACGAGAUCCCAUGCUCGGCUUCGUCUCCUCCGCCCGCCGGCCGCACCUCAUCUCCUCCCGUGCGCCUCCAUCAUGCAACCAGCCGUGCCUCCCCGCCGGCGACGAGCAGCAGCACCGGCAGGACUCCCCUGCCUCACCUGAAGCUGUCGGCUUCCUCCGCGCCCUCGCACCCUGCCGGACCCCGUGCUCGACCUCGGCUUCCCGUGCCUGCGCCAUCGUGCCUCGUCGUUGCCGCCUCUCCGUUCACACCGCCGCGCCCAGCUCCCCUGCUCGCCAGCGCCAAGUCCCUGUCAUCGCUGCUCUGCUCCCAGAGGAUGCUCGCUCGUCCCAGUCGCAUUGACCGCAUCGAACCACGACACGUGAGCACCCGUGGGUCGGCCUCCUCCACGCCAAGUCCCAGCGCGCCCCUUCGCGACCUGCCCAACCUCCUUCCCACCGAACUGGGCCAUGGCCCAUGGUGAGCAGCACCCAGCCCCUCUCAUGUGCUUGUUGGGCUAGACAGUUUCAGCCCGUGCGAUUUUUUCCAUUUAUCCAGUGCAUGCAUAAUUACAGGAGGAUGCCAUUAUAUUAAAUUUCUCAUAAGUAAAUAACCGUGCAUCGGAUUAAAAUGUUUUAUGUAUGUAAAAUGCUUAGAAUUUUGUAUAGUUUCAUAAUAUGUCACUUUCAUCUAUGUUAAAGAUG